UGUACGGGUAAAGAUUAGGAUCCAUAGAAACCCAUCGUCAUCUGUGCAGUUUGGGAUCACUUCCGAGUCCCAAAACCCUAGCCCAUCUCUCCCUCUAAAAAGCAGAAUUUGGGUUGCUACCACCCGCGCCGAGCACCAACACUAGGAUCAGCAGCCAUGGGUAUCGAUUUGGUCGCCGGUGGCAAGAGCAAGAAGUCCAAGCGAACCGCCCCUAAAUCGGACGAUAUCUACCUCAAGCUCCUCGUAAAGCUGUACCGUUUUCUGGUGCGGAGGACCGGGAGCAAUUUCAAUGCGGUGAUACUGAAGAGGCUCUUCAUGAGCAAGGUCAACAAGCCGCCAUUGUCUCUCUCCAGGUUGAUUCGUUUCAUGAAGGGCAAGGGGGAUAAGAUUGCUGUGGUUGUUGGAACCGUGACAGAUGACAUCCGAGUAUAUGAAGUCCCCACCCUGAAAGUGACUGCCCUGAGGUUCACAGAGACUGCGAGAGCUAGGAUUGAGAAGGCAGGUGGAGAAUGCUUGACAUUUGACCAGCUGGCUCUCAGAGCUCCUCUCGGACAGAACACGGUUCUUCUUAGAGGUCCAAAGAAUGCUCGGGAAGCUGUGAAGCACUUCGGACCGGCUCCAGGUGUGCCACACAGCCAUUCAAAACCCUAUGUACGAUCAAAAGGAAGGAAAUUUGAGAGGGCUAGAGGAAGAAGGAACAGCAAGGGCUUCAGAGUUUAAGCUACCAAACUUUUGCCUAAAACACAAAUGCACUCACCGAUUCUGUGCAAACGUGUUGCAGAUCUGGCUCCUUUUUCAUGUUAUAUUGGGCUGGUUUUCUUUUUUCUGAGACUUUUUUUCUAUUAUUAAAAGAAAAUUUUAUAUGGCUAUCGUUUCCAUUCAGUCCUGAAAUCCGUUGGAUAUUAAAGUUUAUUGGAUGCUUUUCUUGA